AUGUCAACAAUUCCAUUUAUUGACAUUAGUGAAGGUCAGUCAAAGCGAAUAUGUCCAUGUGGAAGUACUGAGUGUUAUCUUUCAGAAGAAAGACAUGAGGAAAGCACUAGAAAUUUUUCCGUAUAUGAAGAUGGUGACACUAGUAUUUUUCCGUAUGCCGAACAGUCAUUCAAUAGUGAUAAUGAUGUCUAUAUGUGGUAUUCUAACUUUGCUAGAAAAAAUGGUUUUUCAAUAAGGCGGAAUCAUCUUUUAGGAGGUAAAAAUCAUCCGUUGGGAGUCUAUUGGAGGGAACUUGUUUGUCAUAGUGCUGGUAAAGCUCAGCCAAGCAAAGUGUUUGAAGUUGAACGACAAAGAAAUCGAAAAUCUUCAAGAUGUGGCUGUGGGGCAAAAAUGAUAAUAUCAAAAGACAUUGUUGAUGGGGUUUGUCAGUGGAAAGUUCCUAAAUUUGAUAAUGUUCACAAUCAUGAAUUAUUGAAAGAUAAUGAGGUUCGAUUUCUUCCGGCAUAUCGUGACAUAGAUGUCGUUGAUCAACAACGUAUUAAAAUAUUAUCAAAAGCUGGUUGUUCAAUAAAAAUCAUAAUGAGAGUUCUUGAAUUGGAAAAGGGAUUGGAACCAGGUAAUUUACCAUUUACAAAUCGGGAUGUUAGAAACUUAAUUCACUCUCAAAGUUAUCAAGGACUAGAAGAUGAUGCACUAGAACUUCUUAAGUUGUGUAAGAGUUUGAAAGACCAAGAUGCAGACUUUUGUUAUGAUUUCACAGUGGAUGAAAAUCAGAAGCUGCAACACAUUAUUUGUUCUUUUGGUGACUCUGUUCGAGCAUAUCAGAGUUUUGGUGAUGUACUUGUCUUUGAUACAACAUAUCGUGGGCGAUAUAAUGAUUUCAAGGCUGAGUUCUAUAGACUGUAUCAUUUGGAGAGUAUUGAGUAUUUUGAAAAGCAAUGGGAUAAUAUGGUUUGUCAAUUUGGACUUGCUUCAGAUAGACACAUUGGUUUAUUGUUUUCUCAUCGAGCAUGUUGGGCGCUACCAUAUUUGCGAGAUUUCUUUCUUGCCAGAAUGACAACAACUGGACGUUCAGAAUCUAUAAAUUCAUUCUUGAAAGCAUUUUUGAAUGCAAGAACAAGUCUAAAGGAUUUUGUUGAGCAGAUGGGUAUUGCUAUGAGUGUAAGAAACCGAGCUGGGGAAGAAGCAGCCAUGCAUCAAACAUAUCUCAAUCCCAGCAUAAAAACAUCUAUGCCAAUGGAAGAACAUGCCUCCAGUAUUUUCACCCCUUAUGCUUUUGAAUUGCUACAAAAUGAGAUGGUUUUGUCUUAUCAAUAUGCAGCAAUUGAAAUGAGAGCUGAAAUAUACACAGUAAGACAUUGUACGAAGAAUGAUGGGGGGCGUUUCGUGACUUGGGAUCAAAUGAAUGAGGAAAUUCAUUGCAGCUGCAAAGAAUUUGAGUUCUCAGAGUCUUCCAAGUCCAAAGGGCGUGCACAAUGUACUAAUAAAGAGUUGCAAAAACUUAUAAGCCUUAUUAGAGGCAUGCCAAUUGGCAAUGAUUCAACAUUGGAAUUGAAAAGUUGCCCAGUAGAGUCAUUAAAUCGUGAUGAUUGUCAGUUCAUUCGAAAUCCAGAACCAUCCAAAACUAAAGGACGUCCGAAAGGGAAAAGACUAGGUGGAGGAGUUGAGGUUGCUAAGGAACCAAGAAGAUGUCAUGUGCCGAAUUGUGGUGGAACAAACCACGAUUCAAGGAAUUGCCCAAACAAAAAAAGGCAUAUUGAAGAAUCCAUUGUUAAUUCUCCCAUCAAGACACAGAAGGGCUGGAAAUGA